AUGGUUGGUUUGACUUCUGCAGGUGGAAUCAUUUCUUUGCUUGAUGAAUCAGAAGAACAACUUAAAAUUUAUGCACUUCAAAGACUUAAUUCUGUUGUUGAUCAAUUUUGGGCUGAAAUUUCAGAGGCAAUUUCUAAAAUCGAAAUCCUUUAUGAAGAUGAAUGCUUUCCUCAAAGAAAAUUAUCUGCUUUGGUGGCCUCAAAAGUCUACUAUCAUCUAGGCGAAUUCGAUGACUCUUUAACGUUUGCAUUGGGAGCUGGUGAAUUGUUUGAUACGUCAUCUAAAUCUGAAUAUGUCGAAACAAUUAUUUCAAAAUGUAUAGAUAAAUACAUCAGUCUACGUACUCGACAAUAUGAAAAUCCUUCGGAAGAAAUUGUAAUUGAUCCUCGUUUAGAAGUUGUUGUUGAAAGAAUGUUUCAAAGAUGUUUUAGUGAUGACGAAUUCAAACAAGCAAUCGGUAUAGCUUUGGAGUCUCAUCGUUUGGAUGUUAUUGAACAUGCAAUAUUAAAAGGUCAACAAGCAUCAGAGCUUCUCUCAUAUGUUUUAGAUUCGUGUAUGACAUUGGUGCUUAAUUUGGACUUUAGAAAUAAAAAUUUAAAUGAACCUGAUUACAUAUCAAUUAGUCAAUGUUUUGUCCAUCUUAAUGAUCCUUUAUCUGCAGCAAAGUUAUUAAAAGAUCUUAUUUCAAGAUGUGAUGAUCAUAAUUUAUUAAUGGCAUACCAAAUAGCAUUUGAUCUUGAAGAAAAUGCAACACAAGAAUUUCUUGAGAAAAUUAUUGCUCAAUUCCCAGUUUCCACCAAGCCGCUUGCUGAUACUAAAAUGAAAGCAACAGAGGCAACAGAGGCAACAGAAGCAACGGAAGCAACGGAAGCAACGGAAGCAACAGAGGCAACAGAGGCAACAGAAGCAACAGAAGCAAUAGAGGCAACCAAUAGUAGUACGAAUGUUGAUACUAUUUCUGAAAGGAAAGACACUGAAGCGAUGGAAACAGAUGAAAUAGAGUUACAACCUGUUAAUCCAUUUGAAGAUAAAUAUUUAAAAAUUCAAAGUAUCCUUUCUGGCGAGGAAUCAAUCAAACUAAACUUGGAAUUUUUAUACAGGAAUAAUCAUACUGAUUUAAUAAUAUUAAAAAAUACAAAGAAUGCAUUGGAAUCACGAAAUUCUGUCUAUCAUUCUGCAGUAACAUUCGCAAAUGCUUUUAUGCAUGCUGGUACCACAAGUGAUGAAUUUCUUCGCCAAAACUUGGAUUGGUUAUCGCGUGCUACAAAUUGGUCAAAGUUCAGACAAGCAUUACUUCAGCCAUAUUUGCCACAAGAAGGCGUUAGUGGAAGUUCAUAUUCAGAGGGUGGUUCAUUAUUUGCUUUAGGGUUGAUUCAUGCAAAUCAUGGUUCUGGAGUAUUAAAUUAUUUAAAAAAUGCUUUGAAAAAUACACAAACUGAAGUUCUUCAACAUGGUGCAUGUCUUGGCCUUGGGGCUGCUGGAAUGGCAACUGGAAAUGAAGAAAUAUAUGAGGAACUUAAGGGAAUAUUGUUUAGUGAUAGUGCAGUAGCAGGUGAAGCUGCGGGUUUAGCUAUGGGUUUAGUGAUGCUCGGUACUGCCAAUGAGAAAGCAAUUGAUGAAAUGUUACAAUAUGCUAAUGAUACUCAACACGAGAAGAUCUUGAGAGUAUCACUAGCAUAUUGUGGAACAGGCAACAACAAGGCCAUAAAAAAACUAUUACAUGUUGCUGUGAGUGAUGUGAAUGAUGAUGUUCGUCGUGCUUCUGUUACGGCUUUGGGUUUGAUUUUGUUCAGAACACCAACUCAAGUUCCUAGGAUAGUUCAAUUAUUGGCAGAAAGUUAUAAUCCAAAUGUUCGUUAUGGUGCUACUUUGGCUUUGGGUAUUUCGUGUGCUGGAACUGGUCUCAUGGAAGCUAUUGAACUUUUAGAACCAAUGACUAAGGAUCCUGUUGAUUUUGUUAGACAAGGUGCUUUUAUCUCCCUUGCUAUGAUUCUGAUACAACAAAAUGAAGCUACCAAUCCAAAGGUGGCAACAACAAGAAAAUUAUAUGAAAAAAUUAUAAAUCAUAAACAUGAAGAUGCAAUGGCUAAAUUUGGCGCAGUUCUUGGGCAAGGAAUUAUUGAUGCUGGUGGUAGAAAUGUUACAAUUUCAUUACAAUCAAGAUCUGGACAUUCUAAUAUGCCAGCUAUUGUAGGAAUGGCAGUAUUCACUCAAUUCUGGUAUUGGUUCCCAUUGACUCAUUUCUUGAGCCUUGCAUUUACUCCAACUGCACUUAUUGGUUUAAAUAAAGAUUUAAAGAUUCCAAAAUUUGAAUUUAUAUCCAAUGCCAAGCCUUCACUAUUUGCAUAUCCAGCCACCAUUAAACCCCCAACAACCAAUGUUGUAGAAAAGGAUGAGAAAAAAGAUACCCUUGAAAAUGUUAAAAAAGAAGAAAAGGAUGAACAAAAAGAUGAGCAAAAAGAUGAGCAAAAAGACGAACAAAAAGAUGACAAAAAAGGCAAAAAGAAAAAGGAAGAAUCGUAUGAAAUUCUUGAAAAUAUGGCACGUGUUUUACCUGCUCAAUUGAAGUAUAUAUCAUUUAAAGAAGAUACUCGCUAUGUUCCUGUUAAAAAGGGAAUUGUUGGAGGUAUUAUAAUGAUGUUGGAUAAAACACAAGGCGAACCAGAAGAAUUCAUUCUAUCUAGCACACCUACUGCUACUGAGGUUACCGAGGAGGAAGAAGCACCACCACCAGAGCCUUUUGAAUAUCCAUUUGAUGAAUAA